UAGCGCAAAUCAAUGCAAAAAUAAAGUUGGCGCGACAGAAUUAGCCAUGUUUGUUUUGUAAACAGGAAUUCAUCCGGCAAAUUUUUACAAAAAUUGUUUCUGUGUUAAGUGAAGACUGUCUAAUUUAGAAGAAGUGCGAAUAACUAUUUGUAGUUAAUUACAAAAUGAGCGGUGCCGUAUAUGGAGGUGAUGAAGUUGGGGCUCUUGUAUUCGAUAUUGGUCAUAAUACUGUUAGAGCAGGGUAUGCCGGUGAAGACAGCCCUAAAGUCGAUAUUCCUUCGACAAUUGGUGUUUGGCUAGAUAGUGAUGAAGAUAUUCCUGUGACAAGAUACAAUAUUGGUCUUCUUGCCAUCCAUGUAUGGAGACCAGGAAUGGAAUUAUCCUCUUUUUUGAAAGAAGGCAUGGUGGAAAAUUGGGAUAUGUUCGAAAAUUUCUUGGAUUAUAUCUAUAACCAAGCUCUACGGGCAAUUCCUAAGGACCAUCCUAUACUCCUUACAGAGCCUCCAUGGAUUACUCCAGUAAAGAGAGAAGAAAUGGCAGAAUUAAUGUUUGAGAAAUAUGGAGUACCAGCAUUAUACUUAGCCAAGAAUGCUAGUUUGGCUGCUUUUGCUAAUGGAAGGCCUACCUGCCUAGUGGUGGAUAGUGGAGCUACCCACACAUCAGCUGUACCUGUUCAUGAUGGAUAUGUCCUAACUCAAGCUGUUGUUAAAUCUCCAGUUGGUGGGGAUUAUUUGAGUGCUCAGUCUAGAUCACACUUAACUGACAGAGGUAUAGAAAUUGUACCUCCAAGUUUUGUUGCUGGAAAGGAAGUUGUCAAACCUGAAGAAGCGCCUAUAUGGAAGAAACGUAUGGUUCCUCUCCAUUUGACGGAAUCUUGGUAUAAUUAUAUGAUCAAGGAAGUAAUGCAAGAUUUCCAAGCAACUGUAUUACAAGUAUCCGACGUGUCAUAUGAUGAAGAAAUUGUAAAAACGAUGCCUGCAAAUCAUUAUGAAUUUCCUAAUGGUUACCACAGAGAUUUUGGAGUAGAGCGGUUCAAGAUUCCAGAGCCAUUGUUCAAUCCGACAACAGGUGCCAAGGCUGGCAUUCAACCAAUCCUGGGAGUUGGUUCCUUAGUUACUACCAGUGUCGGAAUGUGUGACAUUGAUAUUAGACCGGCUAUGUAUGGUAGUGUUGUUGUCACUGGUGGCAAUUCCAGUCUACAAGGCUUUACAGAACGUCUUAAUAGAGAUUUAGCUGCUAAAACUCCCCCAAGUAUGCGGCUGAAAAUAAUCAGUGCUCCUGGAGCCUCAGAACGCAGGUUUGGAGCUUGGACUGGGGGGUCGAUUCUCAGUUCAUUGGGAUCAUUCCAACAACUAUGGGUUUCCAAACAAGAGUAUGAUGAAAGUGGAAAAAUCAUUGUUCAAUCUAAAUGUUUGUAAAUGUGUCAUGGUUACUUACAUUAUUAAAAGUAUUAGGUGCUUCCUAUCUUGGAAAUACUCGUAUCAUUGGACUGAUUUGUUUAAAUACUAUUUUCAAUAGUAAUAUUUGUUUUUUAUGUUAAGUACUAAUAUGUUCGUUCUAACCUAUUUAAAAUUAAAGAGUAUUAUGCUGAAAAGUUUGAAAUAUCGAGCAUUUAAAGAAAUUCGUAAACUUUCUUUAAAUAAUCAAUAUCCAACAAUUGCAGUUGUCAACUCUUUAUCUUUUAUGUGUUUAAAUGUUUUUUGAACACGUUUAUUUUAUUAGCCCUACCUUCUAAUAUGUUCUUGUAAAUUAGAUUAUAGUUGAUUGUAAGUACGAAAAUACGAAACUAAAGCCAUACUAAAUCUUAAAAUUAUAAUAAAAAUCCGUUCAAGACAUGUAGUGAUUAACAGUAAAAUAAUUAUAUGAAUGUAGAUAUGAAUUAUUCUUAAGUGGUAUAAAUAUUAGAAAACUGGCCAGUAUUUGCAUCACUACGUCAAGACUUUCUUCAUGUUUUAUCGUGAUUUUUUAGUUUUAUAUUAACCAUAAUAUAUAUUUUUGCUACGUAAAAUGUCUUACGUAUAUUCUUUAGAUUUUUAAACAUUUUCAGCAUGAUCCUUAUUAAUUCAAUUUUAGUUCCUCAAAUAAAAUUUAAAUAAGUUUUCUAACAUCAUUCCAAAUUUAGGGAUUAAUGUGCAAUUAUUUGUUUUAAAUAUUUUACGCUUUUACUAAAUAUAUGUAUGGGUUAAUGGAUCAACAGGCUUGAUUCUAAGUUCAUUUUUAACUAGUUAAUUUUACCUAUUAUAAUAUAACAUUAUUAUUAACUUUAACUUUUAUGCCCUCCUUGUGGUUAAAUUGUUAUUUUUAAUCCUAUAUCCUUCAUCCUUAUAUACCGCUUAAGAAACAGUUCCUUAUACAGUGUGGGCCAAAGAAAAGAGUCCACCCCGAUAUUUGGCAGUAUUAUAUUUUAAGGAAAUGAAGAAACAGGUCGAUUUUUGAUCUAAGGGGGACACAUUUUUACGGUACAUAGAUCUGUCAUUUGUCAACCCCCACCCUUCCACAUCCCCCACUCCUUAUUUUUAAAUAGGGAAUAGGAGUCGUAUGCUAGCUUAUUUGAAAGGUUAUUUAAUUCUUUAUUUAGUAAUAUUAACAUUGACAUAAUUAUUUGUACAGGGUGUCCAAGAAAAAUGAUUUUGAAUUAAAUUAAUUGACACAAAAAGAAGAAUGUAGAGGAAAGUCGCCAAUUAUGGAAUACCAUUUUGUUUUGGGGAUAUAAAAUAAUACCUUUAUAGAAAUGAAAACAAUUUAAUGUUA